UGCCGCGCGCGGGUGCGGCCAUGUUGUGAGCCAUGUACCACAGCAGCACGCAGCGCCGGCACUGGACUUUCCGCGGCGAGGAGGAGCUGGCGCGGCGCCGUGCUGAGGGGAACCACCGGGCACGGGCCAGGGCGGCGGCCAGCGGGAAGGUGCCACAGGGCGACCCGGUGCUGCUGGAGCCGCACGAGGAGCUGGCGCUAUGCAAGUACUACGAGAAGAGGCUGCUGGACUUCUGCGCCGCAUUCAAGCCCGCGAUGCCGCGGUCCGUUGUGGGAACAGCUUGUAUGUAUUUCAAACGUUUUUACCUCAAUAACUCUGUGAUGGAGUAUCAUCCUCGGAUAAUAAUGUUAACAUGUGCAUUUUUGGCCUGUAAAGUAGAUGAAUUUAAUGUGUCCAGUGCACAGUUUGUUGGUAACCUUCAAGAAAGUCCUCUUGGACAGGAAAAAGUUCUUGAACAAAUACUGGAAUAUGAACUGCUACUUAUUCAGCAACUGAACUUCCAUCUCAUCAUCCACAAUUCAUACAGACCGUUUGAGGGAUUUCUAAUUGAUAUUAAGACUCGCUAUCCAGUGCUGGAAAAUCCUGAAGUUUUGAGGAAAACAGCUGAUGACUUCCUUAACCGCGUGGCUCUGACAGAUGCAUAUCUGCUCUUUACUCCUUCACAGAUUGCUCUCACUGCCAUAUUAUCUAGUGGCUCAAGAGCAGGAAUUAAUAUGGAAAGCUAUUUAUCAGAAAGUCUUAUGCUGAAAGAAAACAGAUCAGCCUUAUCCACCUUACUAGAUGACAUGAAAUGCAUGAAAAAUCUCAUUAAAAAAUAUGAACUGCCGAGGCCCGAAGAGGUUGCUGCUCUAAAACAGAAGUUAGAGAAGUGUCACAGCUUGGACCUUUCAUUUAAUACAAACCUGAAGAAGAGGAAAGGUUAUGAAGAUGAUGAAUAUGUCACAAAGAAAUGUAAAAUGGAUGAGGAAGAGUGGACCGAUGAUGAUCUUGUGGAUUCAGCACUACUUUGAAGGAACUCCUACCACUGCAGGAACUACUCUCCGGUGUCAGAUGUGACUCUGCCUGCCACAGGUUCCUUCUUAUGUAUCAUAUGUUAACUUUUACCUUAUCAGUAAAGCUUUUACUUUCCUAAAAGCAGGUUGUGGUUCCAUUAAACCAUCAUCCAAUACGGGUCCAACACUAGCAAGAUUUGCUUCAAGAAAUCUGGCCCUUGUUUUUGGUUCAGAAACGUUUUGAUGUGGCUGCAGUGUAAGGUUAGAGCACCAGCUGAUUUAUUUCCUUUUUACACACCCUGCUAAGAGUUCUACAAUCCACACACCUGCAUACACCUUUGGAUGUCCCCCAGUUUCAUUCUCUUUGCUGCAUUUUGUGUGUAACAGGUAAAUUAGGUAGACAGCUCUCGUAUUUUUAGAGUGUUAUAUUGCCUACACCAAAGCAACUAAAUCCACAAAAUAAUCCCUUUUAUACACUCUCUUAAAGUUGUAAGUAGAGUAGAAAGAAAGGUUAAUUACUUCCUCCUCUGAGAUGCAGUCUAAUACAGGCUUGAUAGGGUUAUUGGACAAUAAAAGAGAAGACUUCUCUAGUAACAAGGUCUUGCAAACAGGUACAUUGUCACUAGGGAAGAGCAUCACACGUGUCUGCCCGGUGCCAUACAUGUGACAUUUGAGAGCUCUCACCUUUCAAGAAGCUGUUCCAGCUGGAGACCAGGGCAACACAGCAAGAACCACUAUAAUACUACAGCAAAGAUGCAAAAGCGAAGUCUCUGAUUUUAUGUGACAGUGAUUUGGCAGUUCUGAUAGACAGAAAAAACACUGUGGGUGUUGUAAAGGCUAACAGUGUUCAUACAAUAAAAUUAUUUAAGUGGUUAUGUCCUUAGUCUUGUCAGCAUCUCUUUUAUUCCUUAUUAUUGUAUCACUGCCUAGAAUGUAACACAUGGUGAUGAUGAAAUACCCUCUAAAUCAGCAACACAUUUUACUUUUCAAAUUUUUAAGCACUUCAUGCACCUUCCACUAGACAAGGUUGCUCCAAGCUUCAUCCAGCCUUCAACACUUCCCAGAGGCAUCCCUAGUUUCUUUGGCACUCUGCCAGUGCCCCACUCCACUUGCAGGGAAGAAUUUAUUUUUAUUUAAUCUCAACCAACCCAAGGGCUUUUACCAUCUACUUUCUCACCCAAUUAUGUACAAAUUAAGGUACAGGGACAAGGUAAUGCUGUCUGAGGACUCACGCUCAAAAAGUGACAGUGUGAACACUGCAAAAUACACCACCAGUGCAGACACUAAAAAACUUCCACAGCAGCCAGUUAGCCAGGUUCCAGAGACAGAGAUAUGCAGCUUGAUUUAUUUUAAAAACAUACUUUUUUCACUUAUAAAAAUAUUUAUGCCAGACUUACAGUACAAAAAAGACCAAACAAUACCUAUUUUAUAAAAUGGUUUAAUGAAUGCAUGCAUGUCUGAUAUAAUGAUCAAUAAAUUUACUGAAUUCAAAUUAUUUAUUGUUGUAAACAUUUUACAAAAGCAUUGUGAUUUAUCGGGAUAUACAGUUCUUGAUGGAAGAACUAUUCAGACUGAAUCAGUGGCACAUCAAAAAAAUAAAGCUGACAAGACCCAUUCUGCA